AUGAGUGGGCUCCGAGUUCCUGCAGCGGCAGGCACUGGGGGAGGAGCCGGUGUCGGCAGAGCAGGAGACCAGGGGGGAUCAGCGGCUGCGGCUAUGGAGACUAGUGCACCAGCUACUGUCGCUGAUAUUACUGAGCAGUUUCGGCGUACUCACACUUCUGGAGGAGGGGCAGCAGCCGCAGGAGCAGCAGGUGCAGGGGCUGGGGCUGCCACGGACCCUGCUCUACUUUCCAGGGUGGCGGAGAUUAGGGACGCCAUCCAGGCAGAGACGGUACCACCAGAGUUUACAGCGCUCAUAGAGACAGAGUCCGCUGUACUAGCAGCUGACUUGCGAGCCGUCGUUAAGACCGAGAGGGGUCUGGCGAAGACUCGCAAGCAGUUUUCUGAGGGACAGGUGGCGCACUGCAUCCCGAAGAACUUUGUACCUGAGCUCCACCUCCACACUACAGAGGCACAGGAGCAGCUUCGGACUAGGAUGCAGGAGCUUCAGCAGCACGCACAGGGACAGAUGCAGCUGAUUCUUAUCAGCGGCCAGGUGGAGGACUUGCAGCAGCUUCAGACUCGGGUCACUACCUGGCGUGACAGGCUUCUCGUGACGAUAGACGACCGACUUGCGAGAGCCUGUGACGUGGGGUUCCUUGCGCAGCAGUUUGCAGCAGAGCCGGCACGCUCUGCUAUCUGGCAGAGCAUCCAGACGCUGAGGGUUAGGUGCCACGCUGCUGUUACAGACGCACUCCUCCGUGUAGGGCUGCAGCACCGGCAGUACGCAGACACUGAGAGCAGGCGGGUGGAGCAGCAGCAGCGUCAGAGAGAGCGACGUCAGGAGCGGCGUGAGCAGGCAGAGGCGACGCCUGUAGACCAGACCAUGGGAGAGUUUGUCCCCAGGGAGGUCGAGAGGCAGGUGGGCGCCUGGCAGGACGAGGCCCGGGAGCAGCUUCGUCGCAUCCUCGAGCGACUUGACCGUUUGGAGGGGCGGCGCUCAGGGCAGACCGCAGAGGCGGUAGAGGAGGACGUUGGGACCGGGGAGGUCGUUGGGGGAGGGGUGGACUGGACGGCGGGUGGCAGGACCGGUCCCUCGUACUUUCCCUUUUCUGGCGCACCUGCGCAGCAGCAGUUCUACCAGCAGCCUUUUUUGGGGCCUUCUUUCCAGCAGCAGCAGUUUGGAGCACCCCUCCGGCAGCAGCAGUUUGGAGCACCUCCUCCGACCCCCCACAGCCCCCCCUGCCACAGCAGCCUCCACAGGGAGGUGGCGGACAAGCUAACUAACGUGGCUGUCCACAACCUUUCGCGCAGGCAGUUGUCAGAGGAUGAGCUUGCAGGCCUCGCCCUUGGCCUCAAGUUCAUCCCGACACCACCCUCCUUAGACCAGGAGCAGCUGAGACAGGCGGUGGAGCAGUUUCAGAGGAGGGUCAGGCUGGCUUGGCAGUUCCGGGACAGUCGCAGACCAGUACCCAGGUUCAGAGUCCCACGUCCCAGCUGGCAGCCGAGUUCGGGACCAGAGGAGGUUGAGGAGUACCUGGCCGGGGUAGCUGACAGGGUAGAGGGUUUGUCGGAGCUGAUAGGGGGGCCAGCGCGGCCCAACGUGAGCAGGAGGGUGUUGGGCGCGCUGCAGAGGUUGAGUCGGGACCGGUCUAUAGUUAUUAAACCGGCCGACAAAAACCUUGGGAUUGCGGUGUUAGACAGGGAGUGGUACGAGGGGGAGGCGCUGAGGCAGCUGGGGGACAGGGCGGUUUACGAGCCGGUGGCUAUGGUGCCGUUGCAGAGACUUUGGGGGCAGUUGUGUCGGUGGGCAGAGCAGGCACGCCUGGCAGGGUUGCCGUCGCAGGUGUUAGACUUUAUCCUGCAGCCACGCACUCCGUGUUUGGAGCGGGCUACCAGAGCUUGGGAGCGGUUUCGGGUGUGCAGAUUCUACUUGCUACCGAAGCUGCACAAGACUCCAGUAGCCGGCAGGCCUAUCUGCUCGUCCACGCUCUGGGUUUUUGAGCAUGCAUCGGCAGUCUUAGACCACUACCUCCGCCCUUUACUACGGUUUUCACCCUCGCACCUUCCAGACUCACUUGCACUUUUGCACCAGCUAGAGGACCUUCGUGUGCCAGCAGAGGCUCUCUUCCUGACCUACGACGUUGAGAGCCUCUACCCAUCGAUCCCUAUCGACGCAGGUAUCAGCUGCAUCGAGAGGUGGUUGCUUCGGUGGGCAGCACAGGGGAGGAUUGCAAGGGGGGUAGCAGACACACUGGUGCAGCUGUUGGGGUUGGUCAUGAGGCAGAACCACCUCGAGUUUGGUGGUCGUUUUUGGCGGCAGGUUCGGGGGACUGCUAUGGGCACGCCUGUAGCAGUGAUCUACGCGGUUCUGUUCAUGGCUUGGUUAGACGAGAGGUUGCUAGAGACAGAGCCCGAGUUGUCGCAGCACGUCCUUCUCCACCGCAGGUUCAUAGACGACGGGGUGGUGGUUUGGACGGGGACACGGGAGCGGCUGCUGGAGUGGGUGGGGGCGUUUGGUGGGUUGGAGCAGACUAUUCGACUGACCCACGAGAUCUCCACCUCACAGUUCACCUUGCUGGAUAUCACGUUCAGCAAGGGAGAGCUCUGGCAGACGACGGCUAUCUUGGACACCACGACCUUCCAGAAGCCGCUCAACGUGUACCAGUACUUUCCUUUCUCCUCCGCGCACCCCUCUCACUGCAAGAGGGGCUUCAUCUUGGGUGAGCUGCAGCGGUACAUUCUGAGGGAGUCCAGUUCUCGAGGGUUUAGGAGUAUCAGGUCGGCCUUCUACGCUCGGCUGCGGGCGCGGGGGUACCCAGACACUUUCUUGCAGCCGAUCUUCAGCAGCAUCUCCUACGCACGACGCCCGGAGCUUCUUGCCAGGUCACGGGCUCGGGGGGAGGGGGAGCAGGAGGCGCAGCAGCGGGUUCUCCCUCUUGUUCUCGACUUCCACCCGAGUGUGCAGCAGGUCCGCUGGGGUAGGUUGCUGGCCUUCCCUCCAGAGGCACCAGCGUUUGAGCAGCUUUCUCACUACAGGGCACCUUUCGUGUCCUACAGGGCACCUCCGUCGCUCCGACAGCUACUCGUGCGAGCGUCGUUCAGGUGA